GUCGUCGAUGGCAGCGAUGAACACAACGGGUGGCGGAGGAGAGGACUCGGAGGCUGACAUCGGCUGCGAUAUCAACUACGACAGCAUUAAGAUGUCGUACCCGACCGCCGGUCCCACGCAAGUGCCGCCACAAUACAAGCCGUUGACGCUAACGGAGAAGAGGUUCCUGUUGGCCGUCGAGAGGGGAGACCUUCCGGCCGUUCGCAGGGCGCUGUUGGAGCAGCCCAGGGAUCAGCUGAACAUCAACUGCUGCGACCCCGUAGGCAGGAGUGGCCUACUUAUGGCCAUCGAUAACGAGAACCUCGAGAUGUGUGAGCUAUUGCUGAGCGCCGGCGUCGAGAUGAAGGACGCCUUACUUCACGCCAUUAACGAGGAGUUCGUCGAAGCCGUGGAA